AGGAAUGAUGAAGUGAUGGGAGUGCUUAUGUCAUAACCCAAUGACUUCCUCUCCUUAAAUGCUCCCACAUCUACACUCCCAAGGUAGUUGUCAUUUGGCUGCGAGGCAGAUAUUUCUACAUCUGGAAAUCAGUCAAUUCAUUAUCAUUCUAUUGUGGAAAGAAAGUAACAGGACUCCUCUUCGUGGUAAACAUAGUUAUAUUUCUAAAGGUGUUUCCAGGUAGCGGUAGCAUUAAAAGGUGACAUGUAUUGGAAGAUUUUGACAGCAGUUCUCUGCUUCUAUGCAGUUGUUCCUGUAGAACCUACUGCAUCCUCAGCAGCUCCCACAACAACUGGAAAUGCAACAACAACAGCCACAGCUGCCAACACUACAAUCACAGCUGCCAACAAUAUCACCACAUCUGCCAACACUACAACCACAGCUGUCCCCACAACAGCCAUAGCUGCGAACACUACAUCCACAUAUGCCAACAAUAUCACCACAGCUGCAACAACUACAACAACAGCUGCCCCCACAACAACCACAGCCGCUCCAACUACAACGCCCUCGCCCCCAGUUGUUUUUGACCUGGUAUUCAGAUCAGAUGAGGUUUUCAGUCCUGCUCUGACAAAUACCUCUUCACCUUUGUUCCAGAGUCUUGUAACGAAGACAAUUAACGCGCUUGAGCCUCUGUUUAAGGCACAAUUCCCAAACUUCAUAAGACUGAUUGUGGUGGGUUUCAGGAAUGGUUCCAUCAUCACAGACACCCAGCUGGAGUUUGCUGCCGCUAACACAACUGCUAAUGCGACCACACCUUUUGCUGAUGCCGUGGCUACUACUCUGAAUUCUGCGAUCACCAAUGGAAAUUUGAGUAUCAACAUCUCAGCCAAUUUCAAGAUUACUGCAAAACCGACUCCAUCCGCAGCAUCUCCAACCACAACUGGAAAUGAAACGACAACAACCACAGCUGUCCCCACAACAACCACAGCUGUCAAAACCACAACCACAGCUGCCAACACUACAACCACAGCUGCCAACACUACAACCACAGCUGUCCCCAAAACAGCCACAGCUGCAACAACUACAACAACAGCUGCCACCACAACAACCACAGCCGCUCCAACUACAACGCCCUCGCCCCCAGUUGUUUUUGACCUGAUAUUCAGAUCAGAUGAGGUUUUCAGUCCUGCUCUGACAAAUACCUCUUCACCUUUGUUCCAGAGUCUUGUAACGAAGACAAUUAACGCGCUUGAGCCUCUGUUUAAGGCACAAUUCCCAAACUUCAUAAGACUGAUUGUGGUGGGUUUCAGGAAUGGUUCCAUCAUCACAGACACCCAGCUGGAGUUUGCUGCCGCUAACACAACUGCUAAUGCGACCACAUCUUUUGCUGAUGCCUUGGCUACUACUCUGAACGCUGCGAUCACCAAUGGAAAUUUGAGUAUCAACAUCUCAGCCAAUUUCAAGAUUACUGUAAAACCGACUCCAUCCGCAGCAUCUCCCACCACAACUCGAGAUGCAACAACGACAACCACAUCUGUCCCCACAACAACCACAGCUGUCCCCACAACAACGGCAGCUGCCAACACUACAACCACAGCUGCCAACACUACAACCACAGCUGCCAACACUACAACCACAGCUGCCAACACUACAACCACAGCUGCCAAAACCACAACCACAGCUGCCAACACUACAACCACAGCUGCCAAAACCACAACCACAGCUGCCAACACUACAACCACAGCUGCCAACACUACAACCACAGCUGCCAACACUACAACCACAGCUGUCCCCACAACAGCCACAGCUGCCAACACUGCAACCACAGCUGCCCCCACAACAACCACAGCCGCUCCAACUACAACACCCUCGCCCACAUUUGUUUUGAAUCUGGUAUUCAGAUCAGAUGAUGUUUUCAGUCCUGCUCUGACAAAUACCUCUUCACCUUUGUUCAAGAGUCUGGAAACGAAGACAAGAAACGCACUUGAGCCUCUGUUUAAGGCACAAUUCCCAAACUUCAUAAGACUGAUUGUGGAGGGUUUCAGGAAUGGUUCCAUCAUCACAGACACCAAGCUGGAGUUUGCUGCUGCUAACACAACUGCUAAUGCGACCACACCUUUUGCUGAUGCCGUGGCUACUAUUCUGAAGGCUGCGAUCACCAAUGGAAGUUUGAGUAUCAACAUCUCAGCCAAUUUCAAUAUUACUGCUAAUUCAAUGACAGAAGCUCCCACAACAACCACAGCUGCCCCCUUAACAACCACAAGUGCACCAACAACAACCACAAGUGCACCAACCACAAGUGCACCAACAACAACCACACGUGCACCAACAACAACCACAAGUGCACCAACAACAACCACAAGUGCACCAACAACAACCACACGUGCACCAACAACAACCACAAGUGCACCAACAACAACCACAAGUGCACCAACAACAACUACAAGUGCACCAACAACAACCACACGUGCACCAACAACAACCACAAGUGCACCAACAACAACCACAAGUGCCCUACAAACAACCACAGCUGCCGUUGCCCCGACGACCACCGCAGCCCCAAAUGUUUUGCUUCUGGAGUUCAGUUCAGAUGAGACCUUUACCGAAACUCUCUCAAACAACACCUCACAAGCUUUCCGGGAUCGGGCUACUACUAUAAAAAACGCGAUUGAGCCAGUCUAUCGCAAAGUCUUUAGAAGUUUCAUUCAGCUUGUUGUGUUGAGUUUCAGACGUGGUUCCAUCAUCACAGGCUGCAGAAUGGAGUUUGGACUUACUGGUAACGGGACUGCACCCACUGCUAAUUCGGUGAAAGAUGUUCUGGUGAAUGCAGUCAACAACGGGAAUAUAGAUAUCCGUGUCAAUGCCAGCUCCAUCGUUGUCAGCGUUCUAAGCUCAUCCAUGUCUCCAGUGGUAAACAGUGUGUUUUCCUCUUUUGGAAUGACCCUGGUUUUCCUGCUGCUGUCUGCUGCAAUGCACAGACUUUAAGACCGGGACAAACCAACUAAUUUGCAACCCUGCAACUGACUACACAUGUAACUCUUUUAUUUUUAUUUUUUUAUCACAUAGCCCUCUUUUUCCAGUGAAAUUUCUCUAUAGCAUAUGCAUAUUAGGAUCCAGCCAUCAGCUGUUGUAUGUGAAGUCACCACAUCAAAGAGAAAAGAGCUCUAUCAUUCAAAUGAAAUUAUGUUUGUUUAAUCCUAGAUGCUCUUUAACGUAAUGUUAAACCUAUUGUACAGGAAUGGAUGCGUAAGCAGAUUUCAUUUGUUUGGUUAUAGCCCAUAGUAAAAUAUGAUGUAGAGCACGUUUGAUAAUAAAUUGAGUGUAUUCAUAGAGUGAACCUUUUUAGUGGAUUGAAUUUCAAUAUGGAGUUAAUGAAGGCAGGGCAAACAAUGAAACCCGACCUGAAGAUAAUCCCAACCAUCAAAAUCACCCAUUAUUGUGAGAAUAUGUCUGCGUUAAUACAAUUAUCCCUUGUGUUUACUGUUGAUUUGAUAAAAAUAAAAAAGGAAACUUUGGAAGAAC